UAUCUCAAACACGGAUAUUCCUCGGCAUCGCGAGGUUUAGGGCUUCCUCUUCUCGUGGCACAAUGGCGCACAAUCCAUCGCAGCUCCUUCCAUCGGAGCUCAUCGAUCGAUGCAUUGGCUCCAAAAUCUGGGUAAUCAUGAAGGGCGACAAGGAGCUCGUUGGAACGCUGCGUGGCUUUGAUGUUUACGUCAAUAUGGUUCUAGAAGACGUGACCGAGUAUGAGAUCACGCCCGAUGGCAAACGAAUCACCAAGCUGGACCAAAUUCUUCUCAACGGGAACAACAUUGCAAUCCUAGUACCAGGUGGAGCACCUGAAUAGACCCGGAGAUUCCCACCCCGCUAAAGUCACUGCAUGAAACAGACACAAGCCAAGACUUAAUAGUUUUCUUUGUCCACUUUUCUUCUUCGUUUUGGUUCUUUCAGCUAUAGUUGGACUCAGUGACCGGCCUGUCAAUGCAAGAGAAUUUCCAUUUCGCCA